UCCGGGGAACUGCGCAGCUUCAAACUCGCGAAUCAUCUGACACUCACUUUUGUUUUUAGAUCACAUCCAGUGCUGAUUUCUCAAGUCUGCUUGCGUUUGAUACGCUCUAGAAGAAGAGCCUAAUUAAUGUGCACUUCACCGGCCAUGCAGCGCGUACAGCCCUCACCGUUUGCAGCGCGUAAAAGCGAGUGGCUCCGGAGCGCCCUGGCACACCACCACUGCCCAGAUCCUGGAGUGGAGAACGAAAUCGUUGUCCUGGCCACUGGAAUAGACCAGUACCUGCAAGAGGUCUUCCACCACCUGGCCUUCCCCAGUCGGGACGAUACAGUGUCGGCGAGGGAUUUCACUGCGCUCUGUGCCGUGCUGGGGCUCAACAGAGCCAAGGUAGGAAAGAGGACGAUAAACGGAAAGGAAGCAGCAACAGAUGGAGAACGAGAUGAGGAAGAUGAAGAGUUUAGAGAUAUAUGCUCUGGGCUGCCCAGCCAACUGUCUUUUAAAGAAUUUCACUCACGGCUCUGUGGGUAUUUCCGUGUGCGCAGUGCGCGCAGAGGUAGCGGGGAGUGUUCCUUUCGUCUGCCCGUUAGCGAGGAUACAGAGCUGGUAGAGAGACAGAUCCGGCUUCGAUGGCCGCGAGUUAGGCGGAGAAAGUGUGUCAGUUUUGAUCUGACAAAGGACCAGCGUGGACCCGCCAACAAAUCUAUGAAAGGACGAACUUCAGAGGACCGUGAACCAGAUGAAGUGGCAGCUCUAAGGGAGCUGGUGGAGGACCUCCGCUCAGCACUGCAGGGGAGCGAUGCUCGCUGCCUGGCCCUGGAGGUGGCACUCCGACAAGGGAGGAGCAGCACCUUCCCUGCUCCAUCCUGCUACAGCUCUGUUUCAAAUCCUCCAACUUCCAUCACCUUCAUCCAGGGAAAACUGGUUCCAACGCACAGAAUUAAGGGACAUCUAAGCAGUGCUGGAGGAGACUCAGCAAAGAGGGUGGCAAGGAAACGAGACAUCAGAGACCCACUUCUAAGGGAGCUGAAACUGAUUCGCUCCUCGCGUGAUGGGCAGUUAGAGGAGGCCAUCAGAUUCAAUAAGCAUCUGGAGGAGGAGCUGCAGUGGGCGUACCAGGAGGUGCGCAAGCUGCAGGGGGUGGAGGCUGCACUGAGGAAGGAGAACACUCAGAUCAGGAAGCGGGCAGAGGAGGCCAGGGAGGCUCUGAGUUUGGGGCUGCAGCAGGUUCGGCUAAUCCAGGAGCAGGCCCAGUCUGUGCCCCAACUCCAGUCCAGGAUCACCCAGCUUGAGAUCGAACUGCACCGAUACAGAACCAGCUGCACCUGUGUCCCCAGCCCUGCAAGUCAACAAAUCCACCCUGAAGACACCUGCAGUAAAACAGCUCUUUUGUCUCCAGAUGCUGAGUGUCUGCAGAGGGCAGUGGAGGGAAGAGCUGCAUCUGAUGAAGAAGAGGAGGACAGGGGGAUGAGGGAGGAAGGACAGUGCUGCCCGGUGGAGGUGAAGAGGCAACUACAUGGCUGUGGCAAAGGAUGUCAGAACCGUACAGUCCAUCACCUUCUCUCUCAGAGUCACCUGCAGGACAGAAACCUCACCAGCACUUCCGAGGACAGCAGGGGGCACUUCUGUCAGAAAGGACCAAACCACGAGCAGCCACACGGAGGCUUUAAAAAAGAGAGACCUGAGGAAGAGGCAAAGAGGACAAAAGAGGAAAAUGAGAAGACACGGCUCUCUUUGCUGGAGGGGAAACUCACUGACUCACUCACGUUGCUGCUGCAGCUACGUAACAAGAAUAUGUCCCGCAGGGUGCUGGGGAAGAUGGUGAUGGAUACUUUGGAUGUGUGCAGCAGGGGUGGAGCUGGUCGCUGAUUCUCUCUCUGUCUGCUGGUUCUCUGCUGAGCUUCUCAAAGGUGGAGAAGGAGGGGAUGACAGAGGGGGAGGAGGAGGAGGAGGAGGAGGAGAACGCAGAGAGAAACUCCUGUUUCCACCCUCAGGACAUCAGGCCAGCACUGUUAACCCUCUCCUGUUCAAUCAGCUAUGACUCUGGAACAUUUUUUGUUUCUUGUGUCCUACAUUGUAUCCUUAGCUUCUUUGGACCAUGUAACUUUCAAUCUAUUUAAUAAUGAAAUAAUUUAUAUUAUUUAGUCUGCUAGUGUU